GUUGUCGAGGUUUUCUUCUGCUCCGCCUCUCGCCAGGGAAUGGUAUAAAUGAUGGAACGCCCACCAACGUUCCUCACACCACAUCUGCAGUUCAAAGAAGACAACGUACCAGCGCAAUACACAUUGUUUCAAUUCAAGAGAAAAAUGGCAGCCAAUUUGAAAAUUCCAUUGCUUAUCGUAGCUUUGAUGUUCGUUGCUAUGGCCAUGGCGAAAAAAGUCAAAUUAUAUUAUGGCCAUGGUGGUUAUGGAGGAUAUGGCGGAUAUGGAGGAUAUGGAGAAUAUGGCGGAUAUGGCGGAUAUGGUGGAUAUGGCGGAUAUGGCGGAUAUAGUGGAUAUGAUGGAUAUGGACAUGGAUACAGCAACGGAUAUGUUCACGGAAACGGAGGAUACGGACACAGCUACUACGGCGGUCACGGCUACUGAACUGUCUACACUCAAAAGAUGUAACAUUUUGUUUUGACGAACGCGACAUUGACUUUAUUGUAAACCCAUUCAUGGAGCUCACAUAUUUUCACGAAUAAACACAAUAAAAAACAAAAA